GUGAGUAAUUAAAUUCAAAUAAAUAGGGUCACCCGCUUGAAGGGUUUAUAACUGUAAAUCAAUGCAAAAACCCAGAUUAUCAACAUACCCAGAAAAAAAAAAUGGAAGCAGUGGUAGUGGAUGCUGGUUCCAAGCUUCUCAAAGCUGGUUUUGCGAUUCCUGAUCAAAACCCACCUUUGGUAAUUCCUACUCAGAUGAAGAAGGUCUUGGAGGAGGGUUCAACAGUGAAUACUUCAACAGUUGAGGAUAUCAUGAUUGACCCCAUUGUUCGUGGCUUCGUUAGAGAUUGGGAUGCCAUGGAAGAUUUGCUGCAUCAUGUUCUCUAUACUGGCCUUGGAUGGGAAAUGGGAAACGAAGGGCAGAUAUUAUUUACUGAUCCACUUUUAACUCCGAAGGGCCUACGAGAACAAUUGGUCCAACUGCUGUUUGAAACUUUCAAUGUCUCAGGGUUUUAUGCUGCAGAACAAGGAGUUCUAUCACUAUAUGCUGUAGGGCGUAUAUCUGGCUGCUCAGUUGAUAUUGGUCAUGGAAAGAUAGACAUUGCACCAGUUAUCGAAGGUGCAGUUCAUCAUAUCUCUUCAAGAAGAUUUGAGGUUGGAGGCAUUGAUUUGACGAAGUUACUUGCUCGGGAACUUGGAAAAUCAAAUCCUGAAGUGAAUCUGAAAUUGUCUGAUAUUGAAAGAUUGAAAGAGAAGAUUUCUUGUUGUGCUGAGGAUGAACUUGCUUAUCAGAAGCUAUUGCAUAACUCUCAGAAAGAACAACAUACACUUCCUGAUGGACAGGUCAUUACAAUUGGAAGAGAAAGAUACAUUGUUGGUGAAGCAUUAUUUCAGCCUUCUAUAUUGGGUUUAGAAGCGAAUGGAAUUGUUGAGCAGCUGGUACAUAGUAUAUCCACUGUAUCAUCUGAGAAUCACCGUCAGCUUCUGGAAAACACAGUGCUCUGUGGUGGCACAUCUUGCAUGGCUGGCUUUGAAGACAGAUUCCAGAAAGAGUGCAACUUAAGUAGCUCAGCCAUCCGUCCUUCUCUGGUUAAGGCACCAGAAUAUAUGCCUGAAGACUUAACCAAGUAUUCAGCAUGGAUUGGAGGUGCAAUUCUUGCCAAAGUUGUAUUUCCUCAGAAUCAGCAUGUGACCAAGGCAGAUUAUGAUGAAACCGGGCCUUCAAUCGUUCACAGGAAAUGCUUCUGAAAGUUCCAGUUAGUUCCCUGUAUACUCUCAGUUUCACCUGUACACUUUGUAACAUAUUUUAGUAGGUAGUCAUGUAUUUGUUUUUGUAAAAAAAAUUGAUGUUGAUCCAUGUCAACUAAAUGCAUCCUCUUUAACAGUUAUGCGUAGCAUGCUUCAGUGUAGAUAUUGUAAUUGUACUUUACUAAAUGUGGUAGAUGUUUUUGGUAAUGUAAGAAUGUGUAUAUUCUUAAAUUACUUUUUCUUGGUGCUCGUA